AUGCAAAGAAGAGAGAAUGAUGAAAACAGAGGAAUUUGUUGCCGACUAAUUAGGUUGGUGGUGGUUAAACUCAAGGCGGGUCAAAAGGAAGAUAAGUCAGUGAAGAAGAAACUGGAAUCAAAUUCUGAUAUUACAAUUCAUUUCAAGCAAAGAGAAGACUCAGAGUCAGAUCAAUCAAAGUCUAAUCCCACAAAGACUUGUAGAUCAGAGAGAGAGAGUGUAAUCAUGGUGAUUAAUGGUACUAAUGGCUCAAAGAAGAUGAUACACGAAAAAGGAAAGAGCAUGGUGAGUGAAGCUACCUUUAUCCGACCGGUCGCUAAGCUUGAAGAUCGGAAAACAUAUCCAAAACCGCUUUUGAAUGAUAUAAAUAUGAAAUCAGAUGCUUUUAUCAAAAGUAGACUCGAGAAGAUGAGAAACAGCUUAUAG